AUGCCUGUUACUUUCGACGACCCCAGCGGCCCUGUGCCUGUGCCUCGCCAGAACGAAGCGAUGAAGGUUCUGAAGAAGGCUGUCGGCGAUAAGAAUCUGAAGAAGUACCCUUACUGCCACAUUAGCUUUGGCAAGGGCGGUUCAUUCCACUACCGCUGUUUCUCAGGCAAAGAGAAGAAGAUCGGCCAGCAAGGUCCUGCAGGCGCGGGCAAGAUUUAA